AAGAUCCAAUUCCAAUUCCAAUUCCUCCAAAUCCAUUUGAUUUCUUUGAAGAUCCAAUUACAGGAGGAGGGGGAGAGAGAGAGAGAGAGAGAGAGAGAGAGAGAGGGGGAGAGAGUGAAAAGGGUGGCUGAUGGAGGUGCUACCUUCAAUCAGUAUCGUCCUUUGACCACCUCUACCCCUUUCCUUCCCCCCAUCUUCCUCCACCCUUCCCUCCCCCUUCUCCAAUCAUCAUCCGAGCAACAAACCUCCUUUAUAAGGCAUCAUCGUCGACUCCUACCUUGAUUCGUUGAUGGUAAUCUUAUCAGCUAUACUCCCCAGGGCAGGAAAGAAUGGGCGCGUGCUUUUCCGCGGACGCCAAAAUAAGAGGCGGCACCAGCAGCGCCGGCACCAGGUCGUCACGGAAGCAGCAGCUACAGCCUGAGCAGAAGAAUAAGGCGCCGACGACGCAGCCGCAGCAGAAGGACAGAGGAUCCAAACGGCGGUCGAGUGGGCUCGUGCCGUGCGGCAGGAGGACCGAUUUCGGAUAUGCCAAGGAUUUCGACAGCCGGUAUUCCGUUGGGAAGUUGCUCGGGCAUGGGCAGUUUGGGUAUACGUUUGUUGCCACCGAGAACGCUACCGGAGAACGGGUGGCGGUGAAGAGAAUAGACAAAAAUAAGAUGGUCCUUCCUAUUGCUGUCGAAGAUGUCAAGAGGGAAGUGAAGAUACUGCAAGCCCUGAAAGGCCAUGAAAACGUUGUCAAUUUCCAUAAUGCAUUUGAAGAUGAUUCCUAUGUGUAUAUAGUUAUGGAGUUAUGCGAGGGAGGGGAAUUAUUGGAUAGGAUAUUAGCCAAAAAGGAUAGUCAUUACACUGAGAAAGAUGCUGCAAUAGUAGUACGGCAGAUGCUUAAAGUUGCAGCUGAGUGUCAUUUGCAUGGUUUGGUACAUCGAGACAUGAAGCCUGAGAACUUUCUUUUCAAAUCGAGUAAAGAAGACUCACCUCUAAAGGCAACAGAUUUUGGCUUGUCUGAUUUUAUAAAACCAGGGAAGAAAUUCCAUGAUAUUGUUGGUAGCGCAUAUUAUGUUGCUCCUGAGGUUUUAAAACGGAAAUCUGGCCCUGAAUCAGAUGUUUGGAGCAUAGGGGUGAUCACUUAUAUUCUUCUUUGUGGGAGACGUCCAUUUUGGGACAGAACUGAGGAUGGGAUAUUUAAAGAGGUGCUAAGAAACAAACCUGAUUUUCGACGGAAACCAUGGCCUACAAUAAGCAACAGUGCCAAGGAAUUCGUUAAGAAGUUAUUAGUAAAGGAUCCUCGUGUGAGACUGACUGCUGCUCAAGCUUUAUCCCAUCCAUGGGUGAGAGAAGGGGGCAAUGCAUCAGAGAUACCAUUGGAUAUCUCAGUUCUAGCAAAUAUGCGAAAGUUCGUAAAGUAUAGCCGUCUAAAGCAGUUUGCACUGAGGGCAAUAGCAAGCACUCUUGAUGAAGAUGAGCUAGCAGAUCUUAAGGACCAGUUUCAAGCAAUUGACAUUGAUAAAAGUGGCUCAAUAAGCCUUGAUGAAAUGAGACAGGCUCUUGCCAAGGAUAUCCCCUGGAGAUUAAAGGGACCUCGUGACCUUGACAUUCUUCAAGCUAUUGAUAGCAACACCGAUGGACUUGUUGACUUCACUGAAUUUGUUGCAGCAACUUUGCAUGUGCAUCAGAUGGAGGAGCAUGAUUCUGAGAAAUGGCGUUCACGUUGUAAAGCAGCUUUUGAAAAAUUUGAUGUGGAUAGAGAUGGAUACAUUACACCGGAGGAACUUAGAAUGCAUACAGGAUUGAAGGGUUCUAUUGAACCAUUACUGGAGGAAGCUGAUAUCGACAAAGAUGGCAAGAUUAGCUUGUCUGAAUUUCGUAAGCUCCUAAGAACUGCAAGCAUGAGUUCCAAUGUUCCCAGUCCAUCUGGUGUAAGAAAUCCUCAGAAGUUCUAAGUGAUGAAGGCCCCUUUAAGAGGAGAUCAAGAUUGGCAGGAGCUCUAAACGUUGCCAUCUUCACCAUACUUGUGUUACAUAUUAUGGAUCCUUCACCGACACUUCUCAAGCUUCUUAUGAAGAGCUAAGAAAGGUUAAUGUUUCCUUCUCAACCAUGGCUGCGGGUUUCAGGGUAGCUGUUAGAGAUGAAGAGUUCAUCAGUAAAAGGAACUGCAAUGAAUCAUAUACCAUUGGAUGUAGUAAUUUCGUGGCAUGCAUUGUACAUUAUGUUGCUGAAGUUGAAAGAUUUCCAUGUCUCUCUCUCUCUCACUCACCAUAAUGGAUAUAUGAUUGUGUACAUACUGCCAAUAUAAUUGUUCAUCAUCAAGAUAGUUCUUCCAUUUCCCU